GUUAGUCUCGAGGUGCUGAGAAGGAAGCAUGUGUUGCUGCUGAUAUCAGAUCUUGAUCUCUCACAAGAAGAGAUCAUAAUACUUGAUAACUUGUAUAAAGAUGCAAGAGCAAGGGUUGAGACACAGUACGAAAUGGUGUGGAUUCCAGUAGUGGAAAGAGCGACCUGGAAUGAUUUGGCUCGACAGAAGUUUGAACAUUUGCAAGCAUUAAUGCCAUGGUACAGUGUGAGGGACCCCCUGAUUAUUGAAUCAUAUGUGAUAAGGUAUAUCAGAGAGGUAUGGAAUUUCAUAAAGAGGGCUAUCUUAGUGGCCCUUGAUCCGAACGGCAGGCUAUGCUCUCCCAAUGCCCUCCACAUGUACUGGAUUUGGGGCAACCUGGCCUUUCCCUUCACUCGUGAGAAAGAAGAAUCCUUGUGGAAGUCAGAAGUCUGGAGCCUUGAGCUGCUUGUUGAUGGCAUUGAUCCUACAGUUCUAGAAUGGAUCGCAGAGAGCAAAUACAUAUGCCUGUAUGGAGGUGAAGAUCUUGAAUGGAUUCAAACAUUCACAAGCACUACAAUGAGUGUGGCGAGAGCUAACAACCUGUCAUUGGAGAUGGUUUAUGUAGGAAAGAACAACGCCAAAGAGAGGAUGUUGAGAAUGAUCAACACGUUUGCCACCAGAAAGUUCAGCUACUUCUGGCCGAACGUCACGUCCAUAUGGUUCUUCUGGACGAGAUUGGAGAGCAUGUUAUUCAAACUACAGCACGGGAAAAAAGUGGAGGACGACCAGAUUAUGAGUGAAGUGAUGUCGGUGCUGAGCUUCGACGGCAGCGAUCAGGGGUGGACCAUAUUCUGCAGAGGAGCACAUGAAAUGGCGAAAGCUAAGGGAGAGACGGCACUAAAAUGCCUGAAAGAGUUCGAGAAUUGGAAGGAGAGUGCAACAAGAGAUGGAUUCAUUCCGGCCAUGAAUGAAUAUCUGAAGCAGCUUCAGUCGCCACAUCACUGUAAUCGCCUCAUACUUCCAGGCACCGCUGGGGGAAUUCCAGAGCAGGUGGUGUGUGCUGAGUGUGGUCCAAUGGAGAGGUACUUCAUGUAUCGCUGUUGUGUGGAGUGAGAGGCAGAGAACAUUAUAUAGAGGCGUUAUGUAUAUGUGUGUGUCUAUGUUGCUUGGCGAAAUAAUGUGUUUGGUUUGAGAGCUAGUGGGAGCUCUAUUCUGGGCUUGAAUCGUUGUGGUUGGUGUAGUUAGCUAGGAAUGAAUGAUGAAGAUGUGAAGUUAAAGAAGGAUGAUGUUUGCGUGUGUUUGUUUUAAGGGCUCU